AUGAUGAUUUCGACCAUCCAUGCGUGUGAUGUGAUGGGUUCACGUGCAUGCGGUCAAAAGCCGGAAAAAGAAGACCGAGAAACAGAUCCAAUCAAAUAUUGUACGGCAUCACGAGUGUAUUUCGAAUGUGUUCACAAGAAAUAUCGUGGUUGUGAGAACAAGGAAAAGUAUGAAAUGGCGAUGGAAUCCAUUAUGAAAGGCAUUCGUAAACGCGUUGAUGAACUGUUGGGCUUUUGUAGUGAUAAAAUUGAAGAUUAUAAAUUUAAUAUUAUCUGGGAUACUCCAAAGCAACCCGAAGCAGCGGAUUCUGUUCGAAGUGGUGGUACUCACAAUGCGGAUGCGGCAGCCAAAAAUGGUAUUCUGGGCUCAACGCCUAUUCAAAUAUCGAAUGCUAAUGAGAUAUGUCAAGUGAAAGUCAUCAACGACUUAUGUCAACCAUUGAUGAUUACUGUUAAAUUUUAUCCGUCAUGGAAUACAUUGAAUAAACGUAGUUGGUGCCAGCAAUCGACAGCAUAUUUCCGUUGUCUAAAAUCUCGUUUGGAUAAAUGUCCUCAAGCUGAAGUUCAGAAUCAUUUUCAAAAACUGGAACAUUACCUUCAAUCACAGAUCAAUAUUAACUGUCCAGGCGGUGUCGAUGGUUGUACACGUCAUUCACCUGACGCCCGUUGUAAAAUAGGUCCAGUCCAAUCGAAUUCUACUUCAUCAAUAUUUCAUUUGUUCCAAUUUUCUCUUCAAUCGGUAUUACAAAUUCUACUUUUCUUCUUAUUAUUCUUUUAA